AUGAAUCAAGCGUUCCAAGUCGCGUUCGCCUUUGUGCUCCUGAUCCUGGUGAUGUUCUUUGUGGUGCAGUUCAUUUUCGAGGAAGUGCAGGAGCUCUAUGGGAGCUGGCGCACCUACUUCUUCGAUGCCUGGAACCUCUUGGACUGGGCCAACAUGAUCUUGCUGCUUGUGGGCUUCACCAUGCGAAUGCUCCUCUUCUCCGAUGCGGCCAAUGCCAAUGUGGGCAUUGAGCAGCUGUCCAACAAGGAAUCCUUUCAGAACAUCUCGGCGCUCGCCAGCGUUGCUACCACCGUCCGCGUGCUCAAUGCCUUCAACUGCGUGCUCCUCUGGGGUAAGGUGACGAAGUACCUGAGGCAUCUGCCCCUCGUGAAGGGCCUGAUCCGCACGGUGUGGAAUGCCUUCGACCUGUUCGUGCCCUUCCUCAUCAUGUUCUGCGUGGGCAUGGUGGGCUUUGUGAUGGCCUUCAAUGUAGGCUUCGGCGACAAAGUCGCGGAGCUCUCCAACUUCUCCACCUCGGUGGUGUAUUUGUGCAGAGCCUUCCUGAAGGAUGUGCAGCUCAUGCCCGUGUAUGACAUCACCCCGCUCUUUGGGGCCGGUUUGAUCCUCCUCUUCUACCUCAACAUGAUCGCUGCCCGGGACCUGCCAGACCCGCGGAAGCCCUUUUGGUCGGCCCUCGCGAGUUUGGGCCCAGAUCUGCUGGUGGAGAUCUUGUCUUACAUCACCCACUCCUCGCGGGGCAUCAGCUCUUUCGGUGCCCUGUGCCAGCGGAUCACCGGCACCCUGCAGGAGGACAGCGCCUGGCGCCACCUCUGCCGCAAGUAUUGGCAUUCCACGGAUGCUCGACUGAAGGAUUGGCCGGCUCUGUCCGCCAGAGGCCUCUACCGGGCGCUGGAGCAAUGGAUGCCGCUGGAAGGUUUCUACGUCCUCAGCUGCGCCUUCCCCUGGGGGCUCUUGGCCCUCCUCCGCAUCGCGGAGGGCCGGCUGGAGGCCAGCGUGGUGCGGUUCUUGCCGUCGCGGGACGGCUCCUUCCGGGAGAUCCAGGUGCCGCUCUUCGAGGUGAGCAUCAGCGAGGACAGACCAGGCAUCGUCAGGAGCGCCGUGUCGGCGUUCUGGCGCAGCGGGGUCGAGAGCGUCUUGGCGCCGCUGGAGCCUGCGGAGCUGUUGGCGUGCACCCGGGAGUCCCAAAUCUUCCACAGCCGCCGUAUUGGCGCCAAAGGGCUCUUCCGCGCCCGGCGCGCGCUGCGGAUCAGAGACGAGAGCUGCGAGCCCCGGAAGACGCCGAAGCGCAGCGCGCGCGAGGCGAACGCGGCCGAUGAUUCAGGCAGAGAUGGCUACCGGAACGCGCUCCUUUCCGACGAGGAGGAGUUCGGCAUCUGCGUCAGUGAGGCUUGGAACGCAGGGACGCUGGACGACUCGGAGCCUGGCCUCAGACGCCGCACCGAAGCCAUGCUGCGGGACAUGCUCACGCAGCGGAUCCCCUGUGACCUGGCGCUGGUCCGCAGCCCCGCAGAGUUCGCUCCGUUGGACCACUCGGUGCCACGUCUACGGCCCGGGCUCUAUGUGGGUGACUACGGCCACUCCAUGUAUGGCCAGUUCCGCACGGAGGUGCUGCUCCUGGACUACGUGUCGCUGUCUCCCGUCCAGCUGCGGAACGAGUGCCAGGACCCGCAGCUCUUCUGGCGACCCUUCGGUGAGCCGCCGCCGGAGGAGCUGCGGGCGCUGGCUGAGCUUGAAGAGACGAUCACCUUCAUGCGGGUGGUCAAGCAGUGCGGAGACAUCCACGUGCCCAUGGGCGCAACGACCUUCGUGGCGGUGUGCAGUCCAGAUGUCUCCAAGAUGAGUGCCUUUGGGCAGGCCGCGCCGCGCCGCGUGCUCAAUCGCCAGACCUGCUGCUUGGAGAGCCUCUCCCGGUCCUGGCGGGGCUUCGGUACUCUGGCGACACCAGGCUUCGGCCGGCCCAGCUGGGCCGCCGGCUGGCUGGCGCAGUUCGGCGACGCGGCGACGGAGCAGCGCCUGGGCUUCGUGUGGGACCGGUCCCAGGACGCCGUGGUGCUCAGGUGGAUCGGCCUGCAGGAUUCGUGUCCCUUCUUGCAGAGGAGCUGGUUACCUGAGGAUGUCCGAUAA